AAAAGCUGGACUAGUGACCCUUCUCAGAUUUUUACCCAGCUGUGAUCUGUCUUGUUUCCUUUGCUGAAUCUUACCGAUCAGCUUCCUUCUCGGACGGAUGCAUCAAGUAGGAGGUGAAGGGAUCACAGUCGUGUUAUAGGUGUGCAGAGUUUGAGUUUAUGGAGUUUAGGAAUCCUGGUGAGAUUGGGAUGCCUGCCUCCUCCUCCUCCUCUUCUGGCUAUAAACCUUCUCUCGUCAGAGGAGGAUCUGCCUUCUCUAAACCCACACUCUUCCCCUCUACCUCUCUUGUCUCCCCAAGAGGAGAAGGAGACGCAGGAGGCGCGGGAGUUGGAAGUGGUGGUGUUGGAAGAGGAGGAGCAAGAAACGGUAACAUCCUCGGUAACACCGAGGCACUACCACCACCGACUCUUGAAUCCACCCCCACAGCCAUAGAUCGUCUUCCUCAGUCUCUUGGGAAGAACGCAGAUCAAGCUGCCAUCUCCAACUCGUCUCCAGGUGCUGCUGGUGUGGGUCUGUCUGCAGACAACUCCAAACCGACAACCAUCGCUAAGACUUCGACCAUCACCGCCGCCACCGGCGCAGCUUAUAUCUCCACCAAGUACAAAGAAUGCCUUCGCAACCACGCGGCCGCCUUAGGCGGCCACGUUGUCGACGGCUGCGGCGAGUUCAUGCCGAGCGGCGACCCCGACACGCCCGAUGCACUGAAAUGCGCAGCCUGCGGCUGCCAUCGAAGCUUCCACAGGAGGGAGACCGACGGCAGCGCCAAUUCCUACUACCAUGGCACCACUCGCCUGCCCCUACUGCUCCCGCCUCCCCAUCCCCAAGCGCACCCCCACCACCAGCAGCAGUUCCAGCUCGGCGGCUUCUCCUCGAGUCCGUCGGCGGCCGUGCGGGGGACGUCCGGCUUCGUCCACUUCGGUGGUAGCAACCCCAGCGGGAGCGGGGGCACCACCACGGAGUCGUCGAGCGAAGAAAGGUUAAACACUGCGACGCCGACGCCCACAACCAUACCGAGGAAGCGGUUCCGGACCAAGUUCACCGCGGAGCAGAAGGAGAACAUGUUGGCUUUCGCCGAGAGGGUGGGGUGGAGGUUUCAGCGGCAAGACGACGCAAUGGUCGAACAAUUCUGCGCCGAGAUUGGCGUGAGAAGACAAGUCUUAAAGGUCUGGAUGCACAACAAUAAGCACACAGUAGUUAGAAAGCAGCAGCAGCUGCAGCCGCCACCACCGGAGGAACAACCAGUGCAACAGCCGCAGUCAGCGCAGCGCCUACAGCAGUAGUCAAGAAGGUGAUGCCCUCAGCUCACCUUACUCUGCUCGGGGAGGACUCCUGCACACGACAUGGCGGAGGAGGGGAAGAAGACGUGUCGGGUUUGAGCUUGCUUUCCUCCUCAUCUCUCUAGGUGUUCUUUGCCGACUCAAGCAUCGAUCUUUAUGUUACCAUCUGCAUUAGUAUGCCACUCGCGAUUAUUCAAGCUGCAGCCAACGUCAAAAUCGUAUCACUCAUUCACAAAAGCUUACAAUUACAAGUCUUGAGAAUGAAACUACGACAAGCUUCUGGAAAAGUGGCCUGCUAUGUAGUCGACUAAAGGACCUUAUGCUGCUCCAUCAAAGACUUCCUUGUUUCUGUUA